AUGAUGCGGCAGUCGCGUUGCCUUUCGCUGGCGUGGGCAGCGGCCUGCCUGUCUGGCUUUGCCGUGGCCGUGGACGUCGUGUACGUGACCGACAUUGCCAUCUUUUCCAUCCUGGCACCGUGCGCCAAAUCCGCCAUCUCCUACAACAUCGCCUCUGAAACGUACAACUCGAAAUGCGGCGACGCGGCGACCGAUCUCCAGUCGUGCAUCUGCUCCAACACCAAGGAGCUGCAGUCGGUCAACCAGCGCAUGACGAGCGCCGUGUCGUCGAGCUGCGGCGCCACCACGGCGUCCGACGACGUCUGGAGCGCCUCCAAGGUCAUGGACAAGUACUGCAACCCAGGCAAGGCCGUCGUCUUCGCGACGCCGACCACCAACGCCGUCAACGCCUUCAUCACCGAGCUCGCCGAGAUCUCGUACCUGCCCCAGUGUGCGCAGUCGGCCGUGUCGUACGCGGUGAUGGGAGAUAAUCGGGAGUACUGCCCCGAAGACGCGAGCCUCUUCGCCUCGUGCGUGUGCAAGGACGCAAAGGUCAAGGCCGUGAGCCAGUCACUGAGCAAGUCUGUGCGGUCGUCUUGCACCAACAACGACGACGUGACGGCCGCCGUCGGCUUCUUCGGCGAAUACUGCGCCAUGGGCAACGGCACGACAUCGUUUGCAAAGCCAGCGGGCCCGCCUGGAGAUAUGACGUAUCACAUCACCGGUUUGCCGCAGUUCAAGUCUCUCAACACCUGCGCCCAGUCGGGCGUCUCAUCCGCCGUUUUCGCUGUACGCCUCAUUUCCUCCUCCUCACCUUACGGGACUACGAGCUAG